GUGAUACUACUGUCUGAAAUUAUUUUUAUAAACUUUUAUUUUAAUUAAUCACCUCAAUGUGUCAUUUACAUUACUAUUUAUUAAAAUAAAUAUAGUGCAUUAUAAUACAAAAAUGUAAUUGAAACGCAAAAACGAUAUGUAUUAUGAUCUAUAAUUUGACAUUCCAUUAGAAAAAAUUGUGGUACAGUUUUUUUGUUACAAUAAUAUUUAUAUAUACAACAAACUUAUUGAAAUUAUAAAACAAAAUUAUUUAAAAUGACAAGAUUAUUGGUUAUAUUUAAGAAAAUCAUGAAAAAACAUCCUAUUUUGCUGAAUUCAACAAUAUAUGGAACAAUGUACGUCUCUGCAGAAUUAUUGCAACAGAUAUUAACCAAACAGAUAUUAAAUAAAAAUGAUCAUCCCGAACCAGUAGAUAAAGGAGUAUUAGUUCGUUAUGCAAUAAUGGGUUCAUGCAUUACAUCAAAUAUAUUGUUUUUUUGGUAUAAAUGGCUAGACAAAAAUUUUAUUGGUACUGCACCAAAAACUGUUAUAAAAAAAUUACUAUUAGAUCAGUUUGUAAUGUCGCCACCUUUUUAUGUAAUUUUUUACACAACCAUGAGUGUUAUGGAGGGGAAAAGUAAUAUUUUUGAAGAAUGUAAGAAAAAGUUUGUACCUACUUAUAAAAUGGACUUCUUAUUUUGGCCACCUGCACAAGUUAUUAAUUUUCUGCUAGUCCCUCCAACCAACAGAAUAAUUUACAUGAGCAUGUGUUCCUUUGUAUGGAUUAAUAUUUUAUGUUGUAUCAAACGAAAAGACUUAAAUAUGUUAUGAAAAAAAACUUGAUUAUACUAAUUAACUAGCUAUACUUACUUUAACCUAGUAAUACUUACCUGGUAACAAUUUAUUUUUGUUAAAAUUUAUGAAAAUUUAAACGGUAUAUAAAAAAUAUUUUACCAAAUUCGUCAGUUUUCACAAUAAUGUGUUUUAAAAUUAAGCUAUUUUUAAAAGUGUUGUGGUCAAGUAAUAAUUUUUUU